CUCAGGAGAGAAGAGAAGAGAGAGCACAAGUCUGUUAUAGCCCGCUGACAGGGACUACAUGGGACGGCCCACUCCAGGGAGCAUCUGAUGGGAUUAUAACACUCUUUCCAGCUCACUUUUUUCCCCACUAAGAAUAACUCUGCUCAAUCUGUUGGUGGUGUAGCAUCACAGAGGCAUCCCUAUGUUCAAGUGGACAGCUUUGUGUUAAUGGUGUCGGACCUGAUUUUUAAAGACAGAAAGUACCUGGAGCCCAUUGUUGAGGAAUUCGUUUUUUGUCAGUUUGCAGCUCAUUUGGAAGAAUUCAAGCUCACUGUUUCCUAUUAUAGGAGUACGAGGAGAGAGAAAGAACUCACACAAGAGAGAAAGAAGCGUUUAUCUUGGCCCGUUUGUGGUGAGCAGAAAGGAGAACAUGUGAGGAAGUGGUCCCAGAUGAGCACUGACAGCUGACGCCAUCCUCAAUUUCACUUGAUUUGAUUCGGCCCCGUACUUUCACUGUCAGUGAGAUGAUACGCUAACUCACUCAGUGAUUGGUCUCUAACAGCCAAGACUUUUUGCCUUUUUAGGCUGUUCACACACACACACACACACGCCCACACGCACACACACACACACACACACACACACACACACACACACACACACACACACACACACAUACACACACACACACACACACACACACACACACACACACACACACACACACACACACUGAGCUGAACCUUUUUGAUUCUUCCUUUUCCACAAAAACAAAUGGACAUAUCCUUAACGCCAGGACCGAAAGCUGACCGCAAAUUGAAUUUCCAGUUUGAUGCACUUUGAUCCGUUGAUUCUGCACUGACCUGGAAGUGAAUAGCUUCUAGCUAAUAAGUUUUAUCUAAUAAAUACAGAGGAGAGCUCAGCAGGCCUGACUCUUACUGUUGCGUUCACUUUCAUUCUGGUGCAGUUGAUGACACUCUUGUGUUUUGCUGUUUUGCAUCUUGCCGUUGUUUUACAUUCGCCGUUUUUGGACCUGUUUUUCCUGCACCGUCCUGUCAAAGGGACCUGUCUCCCAUAACUUGUGACCACAGACAGUGUUUUUGGACAGCUUCCCUUUCCGAUUCAUGACAGCAUGGGGGUGUUGGUUGCACCGCAGAAGUUCACUUUUUUUAUCCCUCGCCUCCCAAAGCUGCUUUUUUGAUGCCUCUCUGAACUCAACCCAAGUCCUUUAGAACCUGCCAAUAAAAUGAUGAACAAAGACUCUCGCUUUUCAAGGAAGAUGCACGGCAACUUCUCCACACGCAGGCACUCGUGCAUUGGUUUUGAUGUGGAGAAUGGAUUGUCAGUGGGGCGCAGCCCACUGGACCCCCAGGCCAGCCCUGGCUCUGGUAUGGUCAUACAGGCCAACUUUCCUCAUAGCCAGCGGCGGGAAUCCUUCCUCUACCGCUCCGACUCUGACUUUGACCUUUCACCCAAAGGUCCUUCCAGAAACUCCUCCACUGCCAGUGACCUGGAAGAAAGCUUGAAGCACUGGGAAGUCAACUGGUUGUCAUCUCGACAUACAGAAGACAUGAUUGUCACACCAUUUGCACAGGUCCUCGCCAGCCUGAGGACAGUCCGAAGUAACUUUGCCGUCAUAACCGGCCAGCAAGAUCGCACAGCCAGCAAGACGCGAUCCUCAGGCAGCAACCCACCAUCAAUGUGCAAGACCAGCCUUGCAGAGGAGCCUCACCAGCAGCUGGCCAUAGAGACUCUAGAUGAGCUGGACUGGUGUCUGGAACAACUAGAGACACUGAAAACUCGUCACUCUGUCAGCGAGAUGGCUUCCAACAAGUUCAAGAGGAUGCUGAACCGAGAGCUCACCCAGCUGUCAGAAACCAGUCGUUCAGGGAACCAGGUGUCUGAGUUCAUCUCUAGCACCUUUCUAGAGAAGCAACAUGACAUGGACAUCAUGUCUCCCCCCACCAAGGAGAAGGACAAAAAGAAACGGCCCAUGUCCCAGAUCAGCGGUGUGAAGAAGCCCACCCACAGCCCCAGCCUCGCCCCUUCCACAAUCCCUCGCUUUGGGGUCAACGCCAGCCAGGAAGGACUUCUAGCCAGGGAGUUGGAGGACAUAAACAGAUGGGGUAUUGACAUCUUUAAGGUCUCUGAGUAUUCUGGGAAUCGCCCGCUGACGGUCACCAUGUACACCAUCUUCCAGGAACGUGAGCUGCUGAAGUCAUUUAAGAUUCCAGCGGACACUUUCAUCACCUUCAUGAUGACUUUGGAGGAUCAUUACCAUGCGGACGUGGCCUACCACAACAACAUCCAUGCUGCAGAUGUGGUCCAGUCCACACAUGUCUUACUGUCCACACCUGCUCUGGAGGCUGUGUUUACUGAUCUGGAGAUCCUCGCCGCUCUGUUUGCCAGCGCCAUCCAUGACGUGGAUCACCCUGGAGUUUCCAAUCAAUUCCUAAUAAACACUAAUUCAGAGCUGGCCCUGAUGUACAAUGACUCAUCGGUGCUGGAGAAUCACCACCUGGCUGUUGGCUUUAAGCUUCUGCAGGAAGACAACUGUGACAUCUUUCAGAACCUCAACAAAAAACAGAGACAGUCGCUGCGCAAAAUGGUCAUUGAUAUGGUGCUGGCCACAGAUAUGUCUAAACACAUGAACCUACUGGCAGACCUGAAAACCAUGGUGGAGACCAAGAAAGUCACCAGUCUAGGAGUCCUACUGCUGGACAACUACUCGGACCGCAUACAGGUCCUACAGAACAUGGUACACUGUGCAGACCUGAGCAACCCCACCAAGCCUCUUGAGCUGUAUCGGCAGUGGACAGACCGCAUCAUGGUGGAGUUUUUCACCCAGGGGGACAGGGAGAGAGACAAGGGCAUGGAGAUCAGCCCUAUGUGUGACAAACAAAAUGCCUCAAUAGAGAAGAACCAGGUUGGUUUCAUUGACUACAUCGUUCAUCCUCUGUGGGAGACAUGGGCCGACCUUGUCCACCCAGAUGCUCAGGAGAUUCUGGACACACUGGAGGAUAACAGAGAGUGGUACCAGAGCAUGAUCCCCCACAGCCCCUCACCCAACCCAGAGGGCCAGGAAGAGGGAGGUCUGGCUGGGGAAGCCUCAGCACUCGGUGGGUGUGGUGGCUCCACUUCGGCCGACAAGUUCCAGUUCGAGCUGACCUUAGAAGAAGAAGGAGAGUCUGACAGUGAGAGUCCACCUGAGGAAGAGGAGGGCUAUAGCGGCAGCAGGGGGGCUGAACUCUCCAGAACUGAUUCUGGCAGUGGAUUUGAUGCAGUGUCUGCUACGACCCGCCUGCUUCCCAGAAUGCUCACUACUGAUUCAGGCAGGACGUUUUCUUUAGACUCUGAGAAAGAUAUGGCAGAAGACAGAGAGACAGACCAGGAAGGCGUCUCUGAGGUACCACGCUUCAGACUUGGCACAUAGCACCAGUCAAAAUUGUAUCUCUUUUGGCCUUUUUUGUUUGUUUUUCUUGAUUUCGGUGCCUCAUCCUCUGUCACUCACCUUCUCCCACUCCAACCAAACACCACCUCUGGACAGGGUGACAGCAAGCCUCGGGGUGGGGAGUAGGAGAGUGCGGAUGGGUGUGGGUGGUGUUAAGAAAGUCUGCAGUUUUACACAGCAGUCACUUGCACUGGAGAGAGACAGAUAGACUGAUUCACUGUCCAGUAGAGGACAGGAAACCAAGUUUCUGAGCGGUCCUUUGUGUUCUGUAUCUUUCACUCAGACGUAAUGUGGAUAAAGUUCUACAGAGACAAUAAGAAGUUUAAAAAAACUUCCCUUUUUACCAGCCAACCCAAGGUCUACUACAACAAAUGACAGAACUGUCUUCCUCUUUUGGAGUAUUUAUGGAGAAAGUGAGGAAGUGAUGAAUGGCCGUGAAAACACAACAAAGUCUUGUAAGACAUUUUGCCAAACUUGCAAUUUACAGGGACAACGCUGUUUUGCCUGCCUUUUUAGUUUUUCGUUUAUUUGUUUAUUCUGUUGUCUUUUAUUUACUUCCAUACACAGUGAAAUGCAGCAAGUGGAGAUACAGUCAAUAGCAGACUUCAAAGCAGUGUAAGGAAAGUUAUGGCAGAAAGGAGCUAUGCAUUAUUUUAUGCAGGAAUCUUUAAAUGUAGCAGACAUUUUGAGUGACUGUAUCAUUACUGUUGUAAACGUAGCGCUCCUUUCAGCUGGUGUUGCACAGCCCGUUUCAUUGUGUUCAGCAGGCAGUUGUUGUGGAAGAAGAAUGUGAUUACAAUGAAGUGGCUAGCAGUACAUAUUAUUUUGAGAUUUUCAGUUGUUUCAGGCUUACUAUUUCCAUUUUUAUAAUCCUAAACUAUGAUAUUGUGACAGCGACAAAACUGAGCCAGGGUCAGGUAGUGUUGUACACGCAUGGAGAGCAAUGUGGGCUGUGCACAUGGUGCCUCCUAGUGUUGAAAAGUGGAACUGAAGUUCUGGAAUUGGAGGCAAAUGAUUUGCAAGGUUUUGCAUAGGCUUAUAUGGAAAAUACAUUCAAAACGUAUUUAACUGUAGGACUACCCAAAAUAUCAGUUAUGUUUCAGUGUUGUUGCGCUUUUGAUUAUUUUUGUUGGAUUUUUUAGAAUUUUAUUUCAAGUCACUAAUGGUUUUUUUUGCGUUCCUAAUUUUUGGCACCCAUUUUUAUCAGUUUGCCUUCAAGUAUAGCACUUUACAGUUUUGUUCAUUGCUAGCCCUCAUUGUGGGUUUUAAGGGCUUGAGCCAAAAUAUGAACACAUUGGAGGCUAUUGACUGCAAAACAGUUUGUCAUUCACUGUUAAGAAACCAGCACAGACAUGCAAAAACUAAACCCUACAGUACAGCUACAAAUGCAUUAAACUAUCCAUUCAGAUCCAUUAUCAUUACUACAUUAUGGGUCAAACACAGCAUCCACCAACUGAAAUACCCUUUUUGGUAAUACCCACUUGCAUAAUUUACUAGACUGAUAGAGGCAGUGUAUUAUAAACAUAAAGUUUGCAAACAAGAUGUUAGCAUCAUUGUAACUGUACAAAAUCCAAGAGGUUACCGAGAGACAUUUUCCUGUGCCAGAAUUAUUUUCAUCUUUUUUCUCUCAUUGAUCAAUAUUUCGCUCUUCACAGGGACAUAGUCAAUGACAAAACAAGUGCCAAGCAAGCAUGACACAACCCGUACUGUAAUUUCCAUUUUGCCACUGGCUACUUUCCAUCAGUGACUGAUAAAGUUGGUUGAUUGUAGCACCCUGUGUGCCAAUCUGACCCCAGUGUCUCUGUUCCUUUUUUUCUAACUCCUCUUCAAACAGUAACUGAAACUGAUAUUGUCUUAAAACAGUGAUGUGUUGUUGUUUUUUUUGUGUGUGUGAGUGAAUGACUGGGUUGACUUUUUUGAUGUAUUUGCUAAGAAAAAACCAAAGCACUUUGUAUGGUACUUUUACAGUUCUGCACUUCCAGUACAGUUGAACAUGUAUAACGUGACUGUUUCACUGUUUUUCUGUUGGCGAACGGCCUGGUGGUUGAGUUGAAUUGCACGGGCUGGACCAAUACAGCUCUUAAAGAUUGGAUUUUGGAGGGACUGAAGUUGUUUUGUUUUUUAUAAUUGACUGUAUAAAAAAUGUGUUGAAAUGCAUGACAUUGGCUGCAGGAUUCAAAGAAUAUGAAGAGUAUAUAGAGUACUAACAAAACUUAGCCUGUGGAGACAUUUUAUUUUAUAACCAUGGAAAAAGAGUAAAUCAUGUUUUAACGUGUGAAUGAGCUGAAAGGUUUUUUUUCCCCCGUUUUUUUUUCGUCGCCUUAUUUUCAAACUUGGGAUUUUAUUUUUAUUUUUUUCUGGUCAUAGAUGUGUUCACUUACAUGCUGGAGUAAAACAUGUGCAAUCCUUUCUGCAGCCAUAAACAGCACCAAACAGACCAACACUCAAGGAUGCCUUCAACACCAAGGACUAUUUAACAACAGCUUAACCAGCACAACAUGCGAAGAUUCAGUCUGUCUCUCUGCAUGUCACUAAUUGUUUGAUUUUGUACAUUUUCCUCACAGUGCUUCAUGUACAGUUUAUUUAUUAUUUCUAUAUUAUCUGUCAGAAACGAUGGAACAGUAGACUUUAUUUUAGUCUGAGGUUUAGUACUUAUGUGUAGCUUGAUGUGUGAGAAAGUCAAACAGGACAGAUUUCAACUAUUACUCAGCUUUUUUCCUUCUCUUUUCAUUCUUUAUGUCUGCAAAUAACAUUAUACAUAAGCAAAAAUACUCACUUUCAUGCUUUUCUUGGUAUAAAAAUAGUUGAGUGACAGAUUUCUGGGUUUUCUAAAACAUCUCUCCUCUCCUGUCUUCCUCUGUAUCAACCGAUCUGGUCAGAUUGCGUAUUCAUGAAGGAUCUUACAGUAAGUGUGGCUGAUCUGAGACUUCUUUGAUUCAUAGUGAAGAUAAUAUAGUCAUAUGGCCUCAAGCCAUCCUAGAUCAGUAUUUCUGUUCUUAGAGAUUUUAUGAAUAUGGGUCAUGAACUAAGACUCUGCAACUUUGACAAUCCAAACUCUGCUGUUUAACUGCGGGUGUGUUAGCCCUCUCUACAACUAGAACUGUAUGCCUUGGCAAUAAAGGAAAAACUCUUCACUC